AUGGUCGAAACAGGUCUUCCAGCCGGAUGGGAGGUUCGUCAUUCGAACUCCAAGAACCUUCCUUACUAUUUCAAUGCCUCUACCAAAGAAUCCCGAUGGGAGCCCCCCGCCGACUCGGACACAGAGAAGCUCAAGUUUUACAUGGCAAACCACCACAGCGCUCCGGCACCUCGUCCUGAUGCCGCUGGACAAGGCGAGGGCAAGAUCCGGUGCAGCCAUCUUCUUGUCAAGCAUAUAGAGAGCAGGAGACCCAGCAGCUGGAGGGAAGCAAACAUUACUCGAACAAAGGAGGAGGCCAUUGAAAUCCUUCGUGGUCAUGAAGAGGCCAUCAAUUCCGGUCAGACAAGCUUGGGCGAACUUGCGGUAUCAGAGUCGGAUUGUAGCAGUGCAAGGAAGAAGGGUGAUCUUGGUUUCUUCGGACACGGCGAGAUGCAAAAGGAAUUCGAGGAUGCGGCCUUUGCCCUGCAGCCAGGCCAGGUUAGUGGAAUCGUUGACACAGCAUCAGGAGUUCAUCUUAUCGAACGUGUUCAGUAA